GGGCUGAGCAAUGCCAUUAGAACGUUUCUGCAGCUGGAAGAGUUUCAGUGGACUACAGCCUCAGCAACGCCUUGUGCUUCCGUGGAGCGUCCAAUCUGCUGUUCUUUGCGCUCUUCUGAAAGCAAACCAAACCAGCAGGUUUGGAUUGCUUUUCUUUUUUCUAUUUGGUCUUUUAUUAAUUCCGGAGCGCCUCUUCCACCAUGAGCUCCGGGCAGAGCUACGAGAAGAAGAUCGCGAGUAUUCUGACAGAUCUUCCCGGAUCUAUGAGCUGCCACCCGAGCUCCAAGGACUCCCCGACUCUUCCAGAAUCCUCGGUGACGGACAUGGGCUACUACAACGGCCAUCACGAGUAUUACCAGAGCCAGCCGUACGGACAGCCCAUGAACUCUUACCACCAUCAGUUUAAUUUGAACGGGAUGGGAGCGGCGGGAGCGUACGCAACCAAAUCAGAGUAUCCCUACACGAGUUACAGACAGUACGGACAUUACAACAGAGAUCACCUGCAGGCCUCUCCUCCGGGCUCAGUCAAAGAAGAGCCAGAGCCUGAGGUCCGAAUGGUAAACGGAAAGCCCAAAAAGAUCCGCAAGCCUAGAACAAUUUACUCCAGUUACCAGCUCGCCGCUCUGCAGAGGCGCUUCCAGAAGGCGCAGUACCUCGCCCUCCCCGAGAGAGCUGAGCUGGCGGCCCAGCUCGGCCUCACUCAGACACAGGUCAAAAUCUGGUUCCAGAACAGGAGAUCCAAGUUCAAGAAGCUGUACAAAAACGGCGAGGUUCCCCUGGAGCACAGUCCCAACGCCAGCGACUCCAUGGCCUGUAACUCUCCGCCCUCCCCCGCCGUCUGGGACAGCAGCAGCACCCCUCAGAAUACACCAAUCAGCCGACCUCAGGUGCCGCAGCCGGCGCACAGUUCGUCGCCGCCCUACCUGGAGGAUUAUACCAACCACUGGUACCAGCAGGGAUCACACCUACAGCACCCGGGCACCGUCCACCACCCGGUGCCACAGCAGAGCGUGGGAGCUGUUUACUAACUCGGACUUGGACGCAGAUCCAUCUCGUUUUUAUGAGCUCUCUGCAGAGCAAAUGUUUGUGGAGUUGGACUUUGUGGACUUUGCUUUCUGUCUCUGGAUGAUGCAGUUUUCAGAACUGGGUUUUCAGUUUAAAAAAAAGCACAUAAAGGGAUUUCUAAUCACUUUUGGCAGCAUAUUUAACGGACAUCCGGCGUGUUUUUAAAAUUAUUUAUCACUUCUAUUGUAUACUUAACUCCUUUUGUAAAUGAAUAUGCAAAGUCUCUUUUUUUAAACAAGUAGCCUGGAAACAAACAAACAAAAAUCACAAAACUGCUGCAACCAGUCAUGCAUGUGGUUGUGUGGAGAACUUUAAAGGAAAACAGAAAAAAGAACUCAGGACAUAUUUAUAAGGAUUUGUACAAAAAUGCUGAAGGUUGUAAAUAAGUGUUUAUAUAUAUAUGCAGAACCACUAUGAUCAUAUUUGAACCAGAAAGACUGCACCAUGGUGCUAUCAGACCGUUUUUAUAUUCCUGUAAGUCAAACUGUUGCCUUCCUGUCUGAUGAAUAAAGGUGUUAAAUGCA